GGAACCUUCCCUUCUCUUUCUCCUCGCCAAUUCCUCCUUUUUUUCUCUCCAGAAUUCUCUGCCUUUCUAUUUCUUCACACACGAAGAAAAGCAAAGACACAAAUAUAAAUGGCAAAGACUUCCAAGUUGACAAAGCUCAAGUCUGCCAUAAAGAGGUUGCCAUCUUUCACCAAGAUAGUCCGCACAAAUAGCUCCAUUGCUGCUGCUGACAACGAUCACAUCGAUGGCAAGAUUUCAAAGGAACUUCAUGCAGUCUAUGUUGGAAAGUCAAGGAGGAGAUAUCUCUUGAGCUCCGAUGUCAUUUGUCAUCCUCUUUUUCAAGGGCUAAUAGACAGGUCAGGCGCUGGUUUUGGUGAUGAGGAUAAUCAAGCAGUUGUUGUUGCUUGUGAGGUUGUCUUGUUUGAGCACUUGCUGUGGAUGAUUGAGAGUGGUGGCUCUGAUCAGUUGGGGUCCAUGGAGGAGCUUGCUGAAUUCUAUUACACUUGCUGAUGGUGAUGGUAAAAGUUUUCUGUAGCUAGUAAAUGAUACUAGAGGCAGGCAAACGAAAAUAAUGAAGUACUGUACUAGUUUAACUUCAUUGUGAGGAUUAACCAAUUUGUUUAAUGCUGAAUUAUGUUGUUAAACAAGUUGAUUAGCUAGGGUUUUUUUAUUUUUUUUCUAUUAUAAGUAACUUGUUAGGAUUGUUUACUUAUUAUCAUUAUGUUAAAUCAAAAUUGUCUUGUAUAUGCACAUUUUCCGAA